AGCAUUUAGCAUACUUUUAGCAUUAUUUUACUGUAGUCAAAUUCAUAGAUACUAUAAACAAAAUCGUUUUUUAACUUUACUAUAGUAAACAUAAAGUAUAAUACAGUAUUAACGACAGUAAUACUACAGAAUAUUAGGCUUAUGUAUACAUUAAGUGUUUUACAAUUUACUGCAGUUUACUAAAGUAAAUAAAUAUUACAGUAUAGUAUAUUCUACAGUAUUUUCAUGUGCUCCAAAAUAUAGGCCUAGACAUGUUACAAAUGUUUUGUUUCAUUUCAUGAGACCAAUGUGUGAACCAUGGGCUACAUAUCACAGUUCUCAUUCUUAAAAAAAUAAUAAUCACCAAGUUGAAUUAAGCAUAAUGCACAAUAGCUUGUUUCAGUAGCCUAAAGUUAUAAGCCAUUAUUGCAAUUCACCUUAAAACCACAACUUGGACAAUUACAUAGAGCAACCCUUCAAGAUAGAUUCAGGAAAGUAAAAAGCAACUCUACAUUAACCGUUCAUCAAAUACAUAACCACAUUCGAGCAUUAACUGUUAACUUCCUUAAUAUUGGGUGUGUCAAAAUAACAUGUAGUUGUUUCUCAGCUACUGUGUUGACACACUGUCCGGUAUGGGCAAUUUUAUUUGUUGUUAAAUAAAUUAUUUGUGUCAUUAAAUUAAAGAGUAGCUUUUCUUCAUACUUUGUCUAAUAAGAUUGCCCCACACUGAAGAUGAUUGCUAUUGCUUAUCUCUGCUGUCAGACCGGUUUUGUUUCUCAGGUGAUCAUCAUUACCCCUUUGACAGCUAAAAUUUGUGAGAAGUUUGUGAGAAGAGGAACUGCUCAGUCAGGUUACUUUAAAAACAAGCCCCUUAGUCAUUGGCUGAGCUGUUGUUUUUGAGGAACUUUGACCAGCUUGUAAGCGAGUCUGUUAUAAAGUAGCAUGUGAUUGUGUUGCUGUAGAUUUUCUUCUUCGGUAAGAAAAAAAAAACAGGUGUGACAGUCAGUAAGCAAAUGUGAUUAAAUUUAAAGGGCAGAUUUUUGAAGAUCAGUGCACCCUCAUAUGUAAGGACACCUGCAUACAGCUGACUGCUGAAGACUCAGAUCAUAAGAGGUCCCCGUUUCACUCUGAACCAAUGACUGAAGCCAAUCUGCCUCUCUCACUGGAAUCACAGCUCAGUCCAGAUGAGAUGAAGUUACUUGCUAAACUAGAGGAACAGAACAGGCUGCUAGAAAAGGACAGCAAGUCUGUAAAUGGUGUCCUGCAAAGUCCCACCUCACCCAAGAUCUUUAAUUUUGAAGAGAACACAUGGGAUCAAGUGGUUAAAGAAUGGGACGACUGGAGCAAAAACAAAGUUGGACAACUCAAGGAGCUGAUCAGGAGAGGGAUCCCGACUUACCUGAGGUCACACCUGUGGCAGCUACUGUGUGAUGCUCAGAAUGUGGCCGCUCGGCAGGAGUUUCCACAUCUGCUGAAAAGCUCUUGUCACUCUGAAACACUGAUACGCAAAGGCCUGGCGCGCAUCCUACCACAACACCAGCUGUUUCAGAACAGGGCAAGCGAGGAGGCGAUGUUUAAUGUGCUGAAGGCUUACUCUGUCUUAGACCAGGAAAUUGGGUACAGUCAGGGAUGUGUGUAUAUUGUGGGUCUGUUGAUCACGCAGAUGUCUGAAGAAGAGGCCUUCUGUGUGUUUGUGAGACUUAUGAAGGACUUCCAACUGAGGGAGCUCUAUAGAUCCACUACGGUUGAACUUGACUGCUGCAUUUACCAGCUAGACUCUAUUAUCCAGGAGCAGCUUCCAGAUCUUCACUCUCACUUCCAGACUCAGGGUUUCCACACCUCGUUGUUUUCCUCAUCCUGGUUUCUCCACAUCCUCCUGUCUUCCCUGCCCAUCACAGCUGCCCUGAGAAUUUUUGACAUUUUCAUGUGUGAGGGGCUGGAGAUCGUGUUCAGGGUUGGUUUGGCUAUGCUUUACAUAAAACAAGCAAAACUUAUGAAGCUUGAUAUAGAGGGCAUGAUGCAGUGCUUGAAGAAUUUAGCACAAGAAGAUUUAGAUCCUGACAGGUUGAUUGAAGCAGCAUAUUACAUAAAAUACAACCCCAGAAGAAUGAAACAAUUAAGAAAAGAGUAUGCAUCUAUCAAGGCAAAAGAGCUGGAAGAACAAGAAGAACUAAAUGCGCUAUAUUCAGAAAACAAGCUUUUAAAGCAGAGACUUGACAUACUGGAGAAGAGAUGUUCAGAAAAACUGGUGUCACAGCUGAAGGAAGAGCUGGAGAAGACUCAGCUGAAUGCUACCAAGUCCCUCAGCACUUUAAAAGAGAUGCAGGCUAAGUUCUUGCAGAUGGAGAGCAGCACUGGGCCGGAUGAGGACAGUGUGGUGUACCUGCAGGGGGAGCUGAUCAACUAUAGACUGCGGGAGGCAGAGGCUCUCACCAGACUUAAAGACCUUAAACAGCAAAUUAAAAACAUGGAUGAGAAGUGGCAGAUACAUUGUGGAGGUCAGCAGAAGGGCUGCGAUGCGCAGAAUGUCCUGCAGGUGGAGCUGUUGAAAGAAACUGUUACUAAGGCUGCACUUAUUGAGAGCCGUCACAGACUGCUGCAACUACAGACAGAGAAUGACAUUAAGAGGAACCAGCUAAAGCGAAUUGAGGCACAUGUUCAUAACCAACGAGAGCGUCUACAGGAGCUGACAACACACAACCAAGAUCUACACAAGCAGUUACAAUGGAGCAGGAAGCAGUUUUCAGCUGGUAAAUACAAGCAAAACUCGGAAGAAAAGCAGAAAGAAGAUGCAGAAGACAUGGCCGUCAUUGGAGAUCUUAAAAAGCAGAUUGCAAAGUUACAAGUUCAAAUUCACAGCCUCUCUAAGUGAACGACAUCAUUUUCCCAACCCUCGCUGAGAACUUCGACAUCCGCCUCUGUGGAGCGACACCUAAAAAUGGACAGCUGCCCUGGUGUCCCGUCAUCCAGUCUCCAGAAGCCAUCCAAUGAAACACUGAAGACAUGCUAUUAACAGCACUGCCCACCACAGUUUCUGUGUGCACUGGGCAGAGUCUUUACAGCUUCAGGUACAAGAUGGCGUACAGUAUGUCAUCAAAUGUGAUGUGGAAUCAUACAGAGGCACACUGUGACAGUUUCACCAUUAACACUUAAAAGUGACACCAAGAUUUCUCUCAUUCUUGCCAUAAAAGGAUGCGGGAUGCACAGUCUAACAGUUAAACACCACACAACACGUGUAAGAGGUGUGAGUGUGAUGCCAUUCUGUCACACGCUACAAUGGGUUUUAGAGUCAUUUUACUAAAGGAGACCCAUUACAUGAUUGGACAACAGUGAUUUUAGGCAAACUAGAUUUUAUUUGUAUUUUUUUGUGGUGUGUCAAAACUAUUACAUUUUGAUUCUAGUCUCAGAAGAUUUACAAUACAGUUACAUUUUUAACUUUGAUGACAGACUUUGCAUGUGUUUGUCUGUGCACUGACAUGUGAAUGCACAUUCAGGAUUAUAGAUGACACAAACCAAUAAACCACAUACAUUUUGGUCUCCCUUAUGUCUUGUAAUGCACUAUUACGCAUGAGAAAAAUAUACUUGAAUGUACUAAAAUACAUAUUUAAAUUUGUAUUAUUUUUGUGCUAAAUAAAAUAAUAAAAUUGAUACACUGCAAAUAUACUCUUCAUUAAAUGUAUAGCACUAUUAUUCUAUAUUAAGUACAAAAUUGGUGCUUUAAAAUGACAUUUAAAUAAAGCUUUUUUAGUGCAGCCUUUUCACUUUUUUGUGUAUUUACUUACAUGGAUGUUGUAACAGUAAUAAAAUAUUAAAGAUUACUAGUCUCUGUUGGCCCAUUUGAUCGAUCUGAUAUGAACUCAACAGA